AUGUCCAGCAACACUUUGUCAAAAACCAGUGAUGGGUCAUCGGGCAGUGCCGCCGCUGCCCCUGGUCUCGCGGAGGGUAAAUGCCUGGCCGUAGCUGGAGACAGCCGCUUUUGCCAGGCGCAGGUUUUCCAGUUCGGCGGCCAGCUGCGGGCUUUUGCUAUGCCAAACUGCAUCCUGUACAAUUGCCUGAUAGCUUCAUCAGGCGCUUUGUCUGAACGGAUUAUCUGUAAAAUGGUACUGUCCGGGUUGGAUCCGGUAAUUGACCAGGACCAGUUAAAAGUAUUCAAUUCGGGUGUUGCCGGUGUUGACUUUAAUAUUUCUGAACACAGGCCUGCUAAAACAAUUAUUACCAGUUUUCUUACCGACGAUUUGCAGAAACUGAUAGAACGGCUGCAGCUGACCGGAUUUUCGCUGAAUACUGAAAGCGGCACUGCAAAACCGCUCACGCCGCCUGAGAAUUUUACUGUGCAACCCGGUAACAAUCCAGGCGAAGUAUUGCUGUACGUUAAUACGGUGCCCAAUGCAAGGACGUAUCUGUUCCUUUAUGGUCCUUCUACCAUGAGUGACGAAGCCUGGUUUGUUGCGGUGUCCGAGGAAAAGUUCAGGGGGCUUCUGGAAGCAGCGCCCGAUGCCAUGGUAAUAGCAGAUGCUGGGGGUAAUAUUGUUUUGGUAAACAGGCAGACCGAAAUACUAAUGGGAUAUAAACGGGAUGAACUUUUUCAACAACCUUCUGAAAUGCUGGUUCCGCCGGAAUUCCGGGAUACAUUUAUGCUGAUAAGGGCGGCCUACCUCUCAAAUCCCGGCUUUAAAUCAAUGGAUAGCGGGCUGGAAACAUGGGUAUUGACAAAGGAUAACAAAAGAGUUCCGGUUGAAAUCAGCUUGUCGCCAUUAUCAAUUAAUAACGAACUCCUGGUAUUGGCUUCCCUGCGUGAUACCACAGUUCGCCGGCAAACAGCUGCGCUGCUGGAAAAGACGCGUAUUAAUUUUGAAAUGUUGGUGAAGGGAGUAAAAGAUUACGCCAUUUUUAUGGUGGAUAAACAUGGUUUAAUUAUAAGCUGGAACGAAGGGGCAGAGAAAAUCAAGGGGUAUACUGCGGAGGAAGUGCUGGGGAAAUCGACCGCUAUAUUUUAUACUGAUGCUGAUAUUCAAGCCGGUCAACCUGGACUUAAUCUCGAGCUGGCGAGGGAAAAUGGCACUUAUGAAACUGAGGGACUGCGCAUAACGAAUUUCAUAUUACAAGGUGGAAUGAUGCCGCUGAACGGCUGCUGGGCUGGACAAGUGCCGAAGUGA